AUGGAUUCUCUUUCUAGAGGGCCAUUGCUAGGUGCCACGCGGCAAGUGGAACUCGGACUCCAUGGACUCCGCAGAUUCCGUGGACCUGGUCCAAUGCAUACAUUGGAUGCCAAGACUAGACCAUCCAGAAAGCUGUUGCAGUCCAGGUCUGGCAGCAUUGCUUGCGCCAUGGGUGCAGCUGCUUCAAGUGCAAAGCUGAAGGCCUCGAAAAACCGACCAACUCCCCGCGGCAAAGCGGAGGCCAAGGAUCCUCAGCAUUCCACCGCCCGAGAGCGCUUUGAGCAACGACGGAGACAGUGGGCACAGUUGUACAAGUCUGGCCAGAUGGAGCAGGAAUCUUCUAUGAAGCUGCAGGCAGAUGAAGAUGUUCUUUACGAACAGCAAGACGAGCGCAAGAACGAAGACCUCAAGGCGAAGCUUAGACAUCUCACAGAUCCAGGUGAAGUCGUUAAGCGUCUUUCUCGUCUGACUGGAGACCCAUGGGAGUUUGGAGUUGAGUGUCUCCUGUCCCUUGGGGAUCUUUCCUCAGCACGUGAGGCUGUUCUGGCUGCUAGGGAGCGAGUGCCUCGCAAGAAUUGGGCAGAGGCUUCUGUGCUGCUGGCAGACUCAGCUCUUAAGCUGGAGGAUUCAAACGAGCCAGUUGACCAGAAGUUGGCCGAGGAUCUCUUGGCAGCCUUGAUAGAGGCACAGCGACCAAGUCAGGCAUUGGAGGUUUUUGUGCAGCUCGCAGUGACUGAUGCACAGCGGGCAGCGAAUUUGCUCAAGAGGGAGCGUGAGAUGAGGUCCAAAGCAGACCCGAAGGUUCUGGAAGAGCUGAAAGCAGGUGCUGAAGAGAUUUUUGAGAAAGUUAUGGAGCGCGUUCGCCAGUCGGUCAAGCUCUCCGAGGAGUGGGACAUUGCAGAGGCACACAGAUCCCAAAUAGGUCCAGGAGAGGCCUUUGGUGCCUGGACGAGCAAGCCGCGGAUCCGCGAUCGCUGGAAUACGCUGCUCCGUCUGGUGGCGAAGCGGCGACACAUGCCCGACGUUUUCGAGGUGUGUGAUGCUAGAAGAGCCUGCUGGGUGCACGCAGAUCACAGCACCACGGAAUUCAUUGCUCGAGCAGCUGUUGCUACUGUGAAUAUGACUGGGUUGGUUGAUUCGUUUCAUGCUAUGCCUGCGCCACGAUUUCCAGAGGUGGUAUUCUUGGGCUGGUCGAACGUGGGCAAAAGCUCCUUGAUCAACGCCUUGUUGCAUCGUACAGCUGUCGCACCCGUCUCCAACAUGCCAGGUAAGACGACUCAAUUCCAUUUUUACUCGAUCAAUGAGAAGAAUGCAGCUUUUCCGCAGAUGACUCUCGUGGACGUGCCAGGCUUGGGUGAGGCGAUGGCAGACGAGGCGCAAACCAGGCACUGGAGGAGCACUCUGGACUUGUACCUGAAAAGACGAGGCAACAUGCUGCGGCAGGUCUUUCACCUCAUCAGCUGUGAGGUUUUGCUGCGCCGCAAGCGGCCGUCUCUUCUUGAUAUGGCGGUGAUGGAGAUGUGCCUCCGACACCGACGCGACAGUGAAUAUACAAUAGUGAUCACAAAGGUUGAUCUUAUCAAAAGUGAAGAAGCAAUGGAGACUGUUUUCCAAACCAUGCGACGUAUCUCAGCAAGAAUGUCAGAAAAACUCGGCAUUCGCCGCGUCAAGAUCAUUCCUUGCAGCGUGAAGCGCAUCCGCGGCCGCAUUCUUCUUUGGCGGAGACUUUGGAGGUCGGUGGACCCUGAGCUCACCUUGAAGGUCCGUCCAGCCAAAGAGCUGAAAGAGGUGCAGAAGGAGCUGGAUGCCAUGGUCGAGCAGGGCAAGAUCGAAGACCUAUCUGCCUUGGCGGAACAGGAAUCCAACUGGGACGUGUGGGAUUACGCCAUGCGCGGCUUGGUGCAGCUAAAGCAGUUGAGAAAAACAUGGCAGCUGCUUCAGCAAGGCCCAGCUGAAGGUUUUGUACGAGACAACCAGGAGGAUGAUGAGGAUUUGAUGGAAGAUCUUGAGGAAGACUUGAUGGAGGAAGCUGAGCUGCAAGUGAAGGAUGAUGGCGAAGCCUCUUCAUCAACUCAGCCAGCUGAUGAUGUAGUGGAAGAGGCUCAAGAAGAUGAGGACCUGGACUUAUUCCAGGAUGUCAUCGAGGAAACUGGGCGACUCUCAGCUAUGCAGGAGCGCGUAGCAGUGGUACUGGGUGAGGCGGCCCUUGCAAGAGAGGAGUCAGCAGAGCCGCUGGACGCACCUUUGGCAGAGUUGAUCAUAGAGAGGCUGCAAAGUGAGCAGUCUGCUGCGGUUGCAGAGCUCCUGAUGGAAAAGGCCGUGUGUAUCUCUCGCGGAGAAGAUGAGUUGGCCAAUGCUUUCUCCAACACGUUUGCGCAGUUGAAUGAACUGCUGACGAUGGCGAGAGAGGAUCCCAGGAUGACACCCUGGACUGCUGAUCGUUGGACUCGUCUCAUCCUAUCCAUUGGCAGAGCGAAUCAGCUUUGCCUGAUAGAGAAGGUUUUUGGCUACAUGAAGGAAUUCCACGUGAGAGGGGACAAGGAGACAGAUGCAGCGGUUGCCCAGCUUGUCGUCAAAUCACUGGACGUUGCCCAGCAGGCACCAAGUUUAUCGGGGUUGACACGACUUGAAGGCCUUCCUGAGGUGCUACUGCUUGGCACGGCUGGAAUGAGAAACAGCGACAAGAGCUCCAUAGCCACUGCAGUGGUCUCCAUGCAGCCUCGCAGAAGGUUGGAAGACGAACUUGCCGGAGAGGGUCAACAAGGAAAGAAGCAAGGUCGAAGAAAGUCCAGGCCGCCCAAAGUUUACGAGACGAAAGCUGGAGUCUCAGGUUUCGAGUUUCCACCUGAAAAGAAGAAGCCAUGCAUCGAGGCAAGCAUGUGCGGCAUGCGCCAUGCCUUGACUUGCCAGAAACGGGUGAAUCGCAAGGGGGCAAAGGAUGACGAUGCUGACGAUGUCCAAUGGGUCUUCACUGGACGAGCGUGGUUCCGUCCAGCCAUUCAGCAAGUGAAGACUCAGCCGAAAGAGGUAUCCUUCCUUUCGCUCUUUGGAUGGACUUUGGGAGGUCUGGUCUGCCUGGAGUACGACGACUCGCCGUGUGGUGCAUACCGAGAGGCUGACAAGUCCAGCGAAGCCAAGGCUUUGAAGGAGGAUUGCUUUCACACCAGGGAUGUCAUUGCCGAGCUGUCUCGAUUGCCAGCCUUCUUAGUGGCAAGCGAGCAUUGGCUGGCAGAAGCAACUGCAAAGCUGGCCUUGAAGGGCUGUGGCCGGGAGGAGAUUGCCUAUUUAAUGGGGAUCCAUGCAGAAGCCUUACACGAGGACUUGCCGUCUUCCUUCCCAGAAGUUGGCACUCCCAUCCUUGACGUGGCCUUUCUUCCGUCCAGUGCCGUUUGCCGAAUUCAGGGUUCGGUCAGCUCUGCACAUCUCAACGGCAAGCAAUGUACACUUGGCCGACAGCUCCUGGCUGAUGAUACCCAUGCGUUGGUGCAUGUGGAGGGUGAGGAGGCAGCAGGCGCCAUGCUGCUGGCACGGAAGAAUCUCAUUUUUGAAGCCAUCGGGCAGUUAAAUGAGUCCAAUGCACCUCCCAUGCCUUCUGAGGAGCUCCCAUCUCCUUCGCAGAUCUUGGGAUCCUCGCUGCCUGUAAAGGGUGAGGAGGCAGCGCAAUGGCUUUGUGCCGUUGUGAUGCGCUUGUUGGUCAAGGGCUGUGGCAAAGAGGAAAUUGGCUUCAUCCUUUCCUUGCCAGCGAAGGGACAAGAGGCUUCAUUCGGGAACUCGAACAUGCCCUCAUCGAUAACUGCUGACCAACUUGGACAGCUUUUACAGGAUUUGAGCUUUUGCCCUCCGGGUGCUGAAUGCCGUGUGGAGGGUGCCAAGAGUUCGGGAAAGCUGAAUGGCCUACAAGGUGUCUUGACAGAGGCAUGUCCUGGUCAUGCAAGCCAUGCAAAGUUGCAGCUGCCAGGAGAAGGAGAGGUGCUGAGACUCCGCUGCAAGGGACAAUUCGAUUGCACAGAUUCUGUGCAUUUCUGUGCCAAAUCUCUAAUGAGGAUUCAUCGCAAGAACUUGCGUUUGAUCUCCUACGCCGGCCUUUGUACGGAUGGCAAGAAAGAAGUCAACGUACACACAGCAGGGACUGCCGGCCUUUGUUCCUGGUGCUGCAGCCUCUCAGUUGCGCCGAAGACGUCGAAGAUCGAUGCCAGCGAAAAACUCACCGGCGAACUCCAUCGGCUCGCUGAUUUGAAGGCCGGUGGUCUACUGAGUGAGGACGAGUUUCAAGCUGCCAAGGCAAAGCUCCUGGCGUGGGGCUCUCGACUGUGUGUCUCGAGCCAAGAGGCCGAAGAACUCUGCCGCGCUGUUUGGGGUGUCCCAGCAGAGCUUCGAAAGAUCACCUUUGAAGGAAGUGGCUCUGGUUUGCGCUGCAGCACCAGCUCAAAUGACGCAGUUGAAGUAAGGGGAUGGGAGGCCUUGCGCCUAUCCGAGAAAGAGUCUGGACUCACUGUAAGCCUUCCGGGUCGACUUCCAAUUUGGUGGACGCCUGCGAUCAAGUCGCUUUGGCUCCCGCUUAGAUUUGCAGAAGACGAGGGCGGCCUCAAUUUGCACCGAAUUUUCCUCUCUGCUGAGAAGCUGUCGGUUCAAUGGCACUGGCCAGGUGAUGACAAGCCUAACUCUGGCGAUGCAGACGGCCUACCUUUGCCGUUGUCCAUUCUAGCCGAUGGUCUAAAGGUGGAAAUCUGCCCCAAAUUUGGCGAGUUGUGA